CGUGUCUUCGGCGCAGUCUCGGGCUCCCAUUGUCCCGAGCGGUCCGGCGGGCUUAGGCGAUGCCCCAGGACGUUCACAGCGUGCCCGCGCCCUCGACGUCGUCAACAUGAGGAUCCUCUGCGCGCUGCUGGCGCUCGCCCUCCUGUGCCGCGCGCAGGAGACGCCGCUGUACACGGAGGCGGUGUGGAACACGUUCGUGCAGCUGGUGCGCGACGGGCCCCAGGAGCCCGCCGACCGCCAACUGGACUCGCUGCUGCCCGAGUACGACUUCAUCGUGGUGGGCGCGGGCACGGCGGGCUGCGCGCUCGCUGCGCGCCUCAGCGAGGUGGCCGGCUGGAGCGUGCUGCUCGUCGAGGCCGGCCGCACCGAGAUCUUCGCCAUGGACAUCCCCAUCACCGCCAACCUGCUGCAGUUCAGCGAGGCCAACUGGAAGUACCGCACCCAGCCCUCGAAGAAGGCUUGCCUCGGCAUGAAGGACAAGCGCUGCAACUGGCCGCGCGGCAAGGUCAUGGGCGGCUCCAGCGUACUCAACUACAUGCUGUGGACCCGGGGCCACCGGAUGGACUACGACAACUGGGAGAAGCUGGGCAACCCGGGAUGGGGCUUUAAAGACGUUCUGCCCUACUUCAAGAAACUCGAAAACAUGCAGGUGAAGGAGAUGGCGGCGGACAAGAAGUGGCACGGCACGGACGGCCCAGUCAUGAUCAGCCACAUCCCCUUCCGCACGCCCAUCGCCGAGGCCUUCCUCGAGGCCGGGAAGCAGCUGGGCCACCCCGUCGUGGACUACAACGCGGAGAACAUGACCGGUUACGCGCACUUCCAGGUCACCAUGCUCAAGGGGUCGCGCUGGAGCUCCAACCGCGCCUACCUGCGGCCCAUCAAGGACAGCAGGCCCACGCUGCACGUCGCCAAGGAGACGCUGGCCACCCGCGUCGUCGUGGACCCCGUGACCCGGGAGGCCGUGGGCGUGGAGCUGCUGCGCCGACCGAGCGGCCUCGGGUCGGCGCUGAGGACGUCGACGCGGAGGAUGAUCCGGGCCAGGAGGGAGGUGAUCGUGUCGGCGGGGGCCAUAAACUCGCCGCAGCUGCUGAUGCUGUCCGGCAUCGGCCCCCGGGAGCACUUGCAGGAGCUCCAGAUACCGGUGAUAGCUGACCUCGCCGUCGGCCACAACCUCAUGGACCACGUGUCCGCUGGCGGCGUUCUGUUCGUGGUCAACCAAAGCAUCUCCCUCAAGUCGGAGCGGCUGUACUCCGGGCCCAUCAUGACGGAGUGGCUCGUGAACCACACCGGCCCCGGCUCCAUCCCCGGCGGCUGCGAGUCCGUCGCCUUCUACGCGCUCGACGGCAACCCCGAGGGCUGGCCCGACCUGGAGCUCAUGCUCAUCUCGGGGUCGCUCACCUCGGACGUCACCUUCCGGGACGGCCUCGGCCUGGACCCCAAUCUCUACAACGAGAUGUUCAAGCCCAUGGAGCACGAGGACUCGUGGUCGCUGGUGCCCAUGCUGAUGCGGCCGCGCAGCAAGGGCCGCAUCCGCCUGCGCAGCCGCAACCCGCUCAGCAAGCCGCUCAUCGACCACAACUACUUCGAGUUCCCCGAGGACCUCGAGCUGCUCGUCGACGGCGUCCUCGAGACGCUGCGCAUCGUCCGGACCAAGCCGUUCCAGCGGCUGGGCACACGCCUGCACGACGCGCCCGUGCCCGCGUGCGCGGCUCAGGGCCUCGCGUUCGGCUCGCGCGAGUACUGGCGCUGCCACAUCCGGCACUUCUCCUUCACCAUCUACCAUCAGUCCGGCACCUGCAAGAUGGGUCCGGCCUCCGACCCCAGCGCCGUGGUGGACGCCAGGCUACGGGUCCACGGCGUGAAGAGGCUCCGGGUCGUCGACGCCUCCGUGAUGCCGGAGAUCCCCGCCGGCCACACCAACGCGCCCACCUACAUGAUCGCCGAGAAGGCGGCCGAUCUCAUCAAGCAGGACCACAACGUGAGGUGACGGAGCGGGCGGGAGCAGGAGCCACUGUGAUAAUGUUGCUGCUGACUCGGCGAGACUGGCGGCGGCUGUGGACUCGAAUAGUAGUAUGUAAACAUGAGACUGCCAUGAAUGGAAGGUUGUUCCAUCAUUAAUUAUAUUUUAUGAGUGAAUUUUUUUUUGGUGCAUAAAUCGUGUCAGUAUAGUUCUUCCCCAGGAAGCACUUAAUUAAGGGAGAGGAAAAUAUAAAGUAAAGACACAAUAAAGACUUUAUUUUAAGAAAAUAA